GUGAGUGCGCAGGGAUCCGCGCGCUCUUUACGUCGAUCCCCGGGAGCAAGCGUUUCCGGUCAUUCAUUCUACCUGCGGGUCGGCCUCUGUGGUGGGGUUUUGUGUACUAUCGGACCGAGAGGAUGAAGCUCGUGAGAUUUUUGAUGAAAUUGAGUCAUGAAACUGUAACCAUUGAAUUAAAGAAUGGAACACAGGUCCAUGGAACAAUCACAGGUGUAGAUGUCAGCAUGAAUACACAUCUUAAAGCUGUGAAAAUGACCCUGAAGAACAGAGAACCAGUACAGCUGGAAACACUGAGUAUUCGAGGCAAUAACAUUCGAUAUUUUAUUCUGCCGGACAGUUUACCUCUGGAUACACUACUUGUGGAUGUUGAACCGAAGGUGAAAUCUAAGAAGAGGGAAGCUGUUGCGGGAAGAGGCCGAGGCCGAGGAAGAGGAAGAGGACGUGGCCGAGGCAGAGGAAGAGGCGGUCCUAGGCGAUAAUGUCUCUCAAGAUUACUGUUUCAAAGGGUGGUCAGACUUUUUUGUACAGCUUUUGUUUGUUUCUGUCAGUUUUUAAUAAACAUAAAUGCAGGA